UUGAAAAAGUUAAUCAUUAUGGCUCAGAUUAACUUCGAGGGUUUGAGAGAGCUACACGACUGCGCAAACUAUCUCCUCGAUCACUGUCCAAAAACAAGAGAAUCUCUGUCUGAACAAGGACAAGAGAAGUGGACGGAACAAGUUUCUGAAGCUUCAUUGAGGAUGUUAGACAUCUGUAGCGUAUCUAAAGAUGUGAUGACGCUAGUUAAGCACAGCUUGCACGAUCUACAACUUACUCUACGUGGAAACGAAUCAUCAGAUGUGAACGAGAAGAUAGCAGCGUAUAAUCAGUACAAGAACAGGCUCAAGAAGGAGAUAUUGAAAUGCUUAAACUGUCUUAAAGGCAUGAUCGGAGGAAGAGUAGAGAUGCCGAGAGAGCUUAACCUUCUAUUUGUAGCUGAGGUUUUAAAGGAAGUGAGAGAAGCCGUUGUGACAAUGGUCGAGUCGUUGUUCUCUCUUGGUUGUAUCCCUUGGUUAGAGAAGAGAUCGAGCAAAGGGUCUUUGUCUUCGAUCUUUACUUCUCGAUCUUCGGAUUGGUUAGAUGAUAUAUGGGACGAGACCGCGGUUCAGAGCGCAGCUACGAGAUUGGAAGCGGCAGAGAUUGCUGUGGAGGAGCUUGAGAUAGAGUUGGAGUCUAUUUUCAGGCGAUUGAUUCAUACAAGAGUUUCACUUCUUAAUAUUAUUACCAGCUAGAUUUAUACAUGUCCAGUUAGGUUUCGCAUCUGGACAUGUUUGAUUGACAUUACAUUGAUUUCUACUUUAUUGCAUGUUUGAAUCAUUAUAUUCAUUUUCACUUGUUUCUCAACCAGUUUAAUUGGUUAGAGACAUAAGGUUGAUUAAUACUUAAUUAAAGUGAUUAAUUUUUUUCCUUAAUAUUAAUAAAAGUUCUCUAGCUGACAUUGCUAUAAUUCAUGUUGCUAAUGCUACCCAUGGCUAUGUAAAAAUGAUAAAGGCGCCAUAAGUAUAAUUGUUAUAACUCACUUAUCCAAAAAAAAAUUGUUAUAAUUCAUUUGUAGACGGAAUAAAACAUCAAGGAAGUGCAAUCCAAGUAGCAACUUAAAACAGAAGCAGCAAAUCUUACAAAGUUGUGAACAAAAACAAUUGACGUCUUCUUUCACAAGUUGUAAUUAUUUCGACAUAUGAAGCUGAAAAGAAAAGGAGACAUACAUUUUUUCGCCAUGAUCUUCAAAGGUUCGA